GCCAUGUCGGGAACUUCAGGCCCCGCGCAUAGAGUCCAGUCUGCGACUGAGUCCUACGGAUACCCGACUGGCCACCUGGGCCAUCUGUCCGCCGCGGAAGAGGAAGCACUGCAGAAAUUCAAGGCGCUGUGUGCAGAGAACGGAUACUACAAACCUGCAAACGGGGAGACACCAGCCUCACACGAUGAUGCUACAUUACUGCGAUAUCUUCGAGCGCGGCGCUUCGUUGUCCAAGAGGCUUGGAAACAAUUUCACGACACGGAGGAGUGGCGGAAGGCAAACCAGCUAGACCAAUUGUACGAGACGAUAGAUUUAGAACAUUAUGAAGAGACUCGAAGACUGUACCCCCAGUGGACAGGCCGGCGAGAUCGUCGUGGCAUCCCCGUCUACAUCUUCGAGGUAAAGCACUUAAACUCGAAAACCAUGUCAGCGUACGAGAAGUCUGCCAAGGAAACCAAGACCAAAGCGGAGACAGACGGGAAGACACCUGCGAAGUUGCUGCGUUUGUUCGCUCUCUACGAAAACCUCACGCGUUUUGUGAUGCCAUUGUGCACAGCGCUCACCGAUCGAGAUCACCCCAAUACACCGAUUACGCAGAGCAAUAACAUAGUGGACAUCUCGGGUGUUGGUUUGAAGCAGUUUUGGAAUUUGAGAUCACAUAUGCAAGAUGCUAGUACCCUAGCCACAGCGCAUUACCCUGAGACCCUUGACCGCAUCUUUAUCAUCGGAGCGCCAUCCUUCUUCCCCACAGUCUGGGGCUGGAUCAAAAAAUGGUUCGAUCCAAUCACCACCUCCAAGAUCUUUAUCCUCUCCAGCUCCGACAUGAAGAAGACCCUCGAAACCUUUAUCGAUCCGGCAAAUAUCCCCAAGAAAUAUGGCGGACAGCUGGAUUUCCAGUUCGGUGAUAUGCCAGUCCCAGAUCCUGCGUGGAAAGACGUUAUGACCUGGGAAGGGAACUACAAGGAGUUCCCCACCGGGCCACUGUACUGGGUUCCUAGCGACGACAAGAAGGGGAUGAAGGCCUUGGCCGUGGGGAGCAACCAUGAAAGUGAACGGAGAGACACAGUAUGCGUAUUGGAAAAGCCCGGAAACAAGAAUAACGAAGUGAACGGCAACUCCACAGCCGCUGCUCCCGCCGCCACCUCCCAAUCCACAGACUCAAAGCAAGAAGCAAGCCCCGCAGUCCAAGAAGGCGAACCCACAUCUCUCGCCACAGCACAAGAGGGAUUGAGCGACCUAACUCUCAACGAGAAAUCCGCAGACAUCACACCCGGGUCUUCAGAAGGAUCAGCACAGAACGGCACCCCCGAGAUUUCUGAUGCUAUGAAGGAGAAGCUUGAGGAGGCGGAGCUUGAAAGAUCGUAGGACAAUAUCCCAUUGAUUGUAGAUCUUGUUUUCUUUUUUUUACACGCGCACGGGGGUUUAUGAUGCAUGCGUUAUGAAUUGACACUUUUUGAAGAGAACUACGUGUUUGACGGACGCAUAUGUAUUCGAAGGGCGGCACAGCAUCAGGAGAAAC